ACCCAACAGUAAUUUUUUUUGGGCAAAAUCUCAUUUGGCCCAAAGCCAAACCCUGGCAGCUCCGCGCAGCACACCACACCCCAUCCAUCCUAGAAAGUCGUCUGUUUCUUGAAACUGUGUUGUAGGGUUAAGUGAAACCCUCAAAAACGAUUCGCGGGUCUAAGUCUUCCGGCGAGAAGUAUUAUGGCAGAGAUGGAUGCUUCAACACCUUACCAAAUCGACCUCGGAAACCUAAUGGCUUACAACCCACACCACAGCUUUGUCUCUCCUCCCACUUCCAGGGAGGAAUUAGCACGCGAGUGCUUGCAGGAGGGAACCAGAUUAGUACAAGCAGUAGCUGAUUCCCUUUUCAACUUACCUUCAACUGAGGACAGAGAUGGUCCAAUUGUUCAGUUGCCUCCACCAACAACAAGAUUGCCAAGAGAGAAGCCUCUUCCAAAGCCUAAGCCUCCAACAAAAUGGGAGCUGUUUGCCAAAAAGAAAGGCAUCAAGAACCACAAGAAAGACAAGAGGGUGUUUGAUGAAAAUGUUGGUACAUGGAAGCGUCGAUACGGAUAUGAUCGUGUGAAUGAUGACAACGAUAUACCAAUCAUUGUAGCAAAGGAAACUGAUGAACCUGGAGUAGAUCCUUUUGCCAAGAGACGAGAAGAGAAGAAGAAGAGAGUUGAUAAGCAAGAGAAGAAUAGAUAUAAAAACUUGAAAGAGGCGCAAAAAGUUGGUGCACUGCCAAGCCAUAUUCAGCUUGCUGCCACUUCGUUACCAAUAACAGGGACACAAACUGCACCAAGAAAAGUUAGCAAAACUGAGUUAGGAAAUGUUGCUGGAAUGGCUGCAACUGCAACCGCUAGUGGUGGAAAGUUUGAUAAGAAGUUGCCAGGAGAAAAAGCCCCUAAACACGAAAAGAAGCAUCGCAAGUUUCUACCGGUUGCGGAAGGAUCAGGAAUGGGCUCUCUUGAAAGACAGCAAACUGACAAAGUUCUGAACAAACUAAUAUCAAAGAACUCACAUGAAAUACUCAAUGUCAAAAAGGCGGUGAACGUGUACACUGCAAGAAAGCAGAAGGGGGGAGGGAAAGACCGAGAAGGGAAAUCGUCAUCGACCCCAAGCAAGUUGAAGCCAAAGAACAAACCUCUCAAGAAAAAAAUUGAAAAGAAAGGAGAAACGUCCCGAAAGUCCAAGUGAAUCGCAUUAUCUUAGCAACUUUUUGUUGAUUAUCAUAAUAUCUUUUCUGAUUAAAGCUAAAACAAGAAUUUAUUUCCAUUUUGAAUGUCUUUAGUUUGCUGUACCACCUGCAGAAUAUACCUACCUCAAUUGUAUUUGUAGUUUGGUUGCUUUUUCAUACCUUUUUUUAUGUCUUCUGGACAUAAUGCGUUUGAAGGAAUUCUUUAAGAUGCAAUUGGUAGAUAUUUGAUUUUCAAAAAUAAAAAAUUGAGGUGCUUAUU